AAUAACAAACUGUUGGGUUGUACAUAACCUGGUUUAACGUUUACAUUUACAGGUAACAACCCUACCAGACCUGACAAAGAACACAAGAGGUUUUGUUCCUGACCUGCAUGUCCUGACCAAUAUUUGAAAUCGAAAGUAGAAAGAACAAUGGUACAAAAGAAAAGUAAAUAUGGCUACAAUAGAGGAAGCACAUUUUGCCAUCUAUGUCGCUAUAAAAGUGUCAACGAAACCGGGAAGAUUUACAAAUUUAUGUUUAGUAACGGACAUGAUGAAGAAAAUCAAACAGAGGUCAACGAAACUCUUGAACAGCAUUUGCCGGAUGGUGGAAUGCAGCACAACACGAAUUUUGAAUUAGUGCGCGAGACGUAUUCUCUCAACAAGCGUAAGAGAUGGACGUUACCCAGUGCAAUUACCGAUGUAAUUGACAGUGGGGAGUUGGACGAUUCAUCUUUCAGGGUGGUGAUGCACGAACGAUCAAGUGUUCCGUUUCGAUUUGCAUGGUAUACUCGUGAUAGUGAAAUCAAGGCGAGUACCUUGUCUUACCAUGAUAGCAAGUACACAGUACACCAUAUGUACCCCAACCCUAAAAGCCGGGUGUCGUCACUGACCGACCUCAAACUGAACUGUCAUCUAAAACAUAACGACGGAAAGCCUAAUGAUAGGGCCAGCGACACUAUCAAACCAUCCCGGAAAUGUCAUAGCAGAGGAAUACAGAGAAUGCGAACACCUGGUCCUGACAAUGACAAUAUUCAAUAUUGGAGGCGAAGCGAAUAUUACUUCAAAGACGUCAUGCAGGGAGAUUACCACCAAAUCAAAGAACCAGAGGUUCGCUAUGAGAUCCACUACCCUGAUGUCUUUAAUAGGUACUGUCAGUGUCAAAGGUACCAUGGUCACAGUAUGUAUUAUCCGCACAGUACGGAGAAACCGUUUAGAAGAUGGAAAACCAAAGGAUGCAGAGCAAAACCAUCAAUGCAAGAGCACUUUAAAGGGAUUGAUCACUUAGAGAAGCGAAUUUUAACAUCUGAUUAUAUCAAAGAAAUGGAUGAGGACAUUGAUGUUUGGAUCAGGAGUGAAAUAAACGAUGAGAUGUUGGAGGACGAAGGGGACUUCCUUGUUGAACGGCCAACACUCACUGUAGCAGAUUUUUGUGUUAGGCUGACUAGGCCUUCUGCAAAACGAAACUGGAUGUUUAGAUCUGGCAACAUCGAAAAGAAAACAAAUUUCUACAAUAGAAAACAAUCUUACACUGUGAAUGGCACUCCGAUAGGGCAAUGUUAUGGAAAGGGCAAUAUCGUAUAUGAUGAUAACCCAGAUAACUUUCGCAGAGAGGAGGACGAAGUACAGCACACUAGUAUGUCAUCAGUGGAUGACGUCAAAGAUGACGUUGAUAGAAAUGACGUCACUGGAAUCGACACGGUAACUUUAUCUAAGAGCGACAUUGAUUUCGAACGCCAGUUUUGUAGCUGUGUCAUUGACAAGGAAAGUGUUCAGGACACGAUAGAUACCCACACUGACUGUGACGUUUUAGUGAGCAACUGUGUUCCUCAGCAGCUUUGUAUGACCAUCCAAGGGGAAACGGUCAUUGCUUGUGUGAUACUGUGGCAGCGGUCUGGAUGGUCAUCAUGUUCAGAACAAGCAGAAUACUGGACAAAGGUACAGUUUGAGUCUAAUGGGACUGUUGCUGAAAUGACCUGCGAUGAUCUAAAGUCAAAACUUGACGAGGAAGAAGACGCCAUAUUUUCACUUCACCAGAUAGCAGCAAUUGUGAAACAGGAAGCAGCAAAUAGGUCUUUGGUCACCGACAGCCACAGAUACAGAGAAAAUGUCCUACCAAACGGUCAUCUGACCACUGCCAUUGCUGACCCCUCUUUUGAUGUUAAGACUGUACAUGAAGCAUACGAAACCCUGCUUACAGAAGAGGACGACGUCCUGCAAUCCUUUGAACUGGUCAACAUGAUCCCUACGUCAUCAGAUAUAGGGACAUGUGGAACGUGUUUCUGCGAGUCUGACGACCCUCCAGCGGACGGUUGCAUGCUGUUACCAUGUCAACAUUACUUUUGCAUCGACUGCUGGAGACAACACAUCACCAUCAGGAUUAAAGAGGGAGCAAAUGACAUUCCUUGUCAGGCAUUCAAAUGUAAAGAAUUCAUUGUUGAUGUAAUGGUCCGUACUCUUGUGUCAUGUGACCUGGCCAACCAAUGGAUAAAGAGAAAAAAGGAGCGAAUUUUGGAGAGUCAGUCCUGGCAUUGGUGUCCAACAACAUCAUGUGAUAAAGUAGCCACGGUGACAACUGCUAGUAGCAGGUUCUCCGGUGACAACAUUCCAGUCCUCUGUGGCUGUGACAGAGUCUGGUGUUUCUCCUGUCAGUCUGACGUACACUGGCCAGCAACAUGUGACCAGUACCUCAACUACCGGAAGACGCUUUCUCAAUAUGCUGAACCACGUUUUUAUUACGUCGACGUGAAAAAGUGUCCAAAAUGCAAGCAUCCCAUAGAGAAAAAUGGCGGCUGUCCUCAAAUGACUUGUAGAUGUUCUCAUAUGUUUUGCUGGGAAUGUCUGCGCGAUAGGUCAAGCCACGUGGAUGGAGUGGAGUGUCGAGAAAAAGCCACCAGCUUGAUUACCAUGACGCUGGAUGAAUACUCCACAAUGCAUACGCGAUUGUAUAGGAAAUGUAUAGAACAUCGCUACAAAUGGAAAAAGACAUUCUCAAACGGUGCCAUUGAACAACGAGUGAACGUCUUCAGAAGUUCAGCAGCAUACAAGAUGAAGAAUUCUAAGACAAAACAAGUCGCAUUUAUUUCGGAGGAAUUAACAGACCAAUCAAUGAAUGCGGAACUCCGAUCUAGUCUCGUCUUCGUCAAGGAGGUUCACUUGGUGUUGGAGAACGUGUUUGUGAUGUUGUCAUAUACACCAAGACGUUUGCGCCGCAAUCGGGCUCUUCUAGAUCAUAUUGAGUUCUGUAUCCUUCGAAUGGAACACAUACUUAACAAGUCACGGCUGUGUCGGGACGAUCUGAGAAGGGUUUCCAGGCUGCGUACAUCUAUAGAAGGCAGCCUCCGGGUACUUCCCUACCUCACAACCUUUAUCCAGCGUGAAAUAAGGGCCGCCAAACAACGAGGGGAUAGGCUGCCAGCCAGUUGUGCUAGCUCGACGUAAAUAUACCACCGUCGUGUGGAGUACAUAGAUGCUCAAAUUGGUGUAAAAUAAGAAGGACUACUUUGUGAGUUCCAGGGCUAAUAAGACAUUGUUUGCAAUUUCUUUCUUCAUGAGAUUAAGUCUUGGAAGUUAAAUAUUUUCACGCUUGACAUAAACAUUUAAAGUGAUUGCACACCCACUACCUUUUGUAAUACAUCGAGUAAUUGUUGCUUUCAUGACUGGUUGAUGACGUUUUGAUAUAAACAGGUGCCAAUCCCUGGUACUGUAUGCUAUUAACAUCAUGAGGCGAAAUUUGAAUGUUUGAAAAUUGUUUGAGAUUGAU